UAAGAAGAUGAAGAAUUAUGAGAUUACCAUUUUCAUAAAGGGAAGGAAUUGGAGUAUCACCAUUCACCACCCCCCAAUUGCAACUUAAUUAUUCAUUCGCCCCACGUCUCUUUCUCUCUCUCUGGACAUAGAUAUAUACACCUUGUUAGUGUGUUGAAGAGAGAGAGAGAGAGAGAGGAGAGAGAAUGGGGAGAGGGAGAGUGGAAUUGAAGAGAAUAGAGAACAAGAUAAACAGGCAGGUGACAUUUUCAAAGAGAAGAAAUGGGCUGCUCAAGAAAGCUUAUGAACUUUCUGUGCUUUGUGAUGCUGAGGUUGCUCUCAUCAUCUUCUCCAGCAGGGGCAAGCUCUAUGAGUUUGCUUCUACUAGCACAACCGAGACCCUCGAACGUUAUCAUCGUUGCGCUUUAAAUCAUCAAGAAAAUAGUGGGGAAAGAGAAACACAGAGCUGGUACCAGGAGUUCUCAAAAUUAAAAGCCAAGUAUGAAUCUCUUCAAAGAACUCAAAGGCAUCUACUCGGUGAAAAUCUGGGACCAUUGAGCUCUAAGGAGUUGCAAAAUCUUGAAAAACAACUUGAAGGAGCUCUUGCCCAAGCCAGGCAAAGGAAGACACAUAUGUUGAUGGAACAAAUGGAAGAGCUCAGCAGAAAGGAGCGGCAGCUAGGAGACAUGAACAAGCAGCUCAAGAUUAGAGUCUCACUCGAAAUGUCGUCGCUAGAGGCAGAAGGCCAACAUACAGGAGCCCUUUCGUGCCCAUGGAACGACGGCGGCGGCGGCGGCGCCACGUCAGCUGGAAGCAGUGGCUUUCCUCUCCACGUAAUAACACCUCCAAAUCCAAUGGAUGUUGAACCAGAACCUGUCCUAGAGAUAGGGUAUAAUCAUUACAAUGUUGGAGAAGGGUCAUCUAUUCCGAGAAGCAUGGCUGUCGACAAUAAUUUCAUCCAAGGAUGGACUCUUUGACCUUCUCACUACUCCUAUCUGCAUUUUCGAUUUAAUUUAUAUUUAUAUACUACUUAUAUAUAAGAGUUUGGUGGCGUUGUUACAUAUUAUUAGUGCUUGUGCUAAUGAGAUACAAUUAAGGGUUAUAUAUAUAUAUAUAUAUAUACUAUAUAGUAUGGAUAUGAAGCUCAGUGAAAGAUAUAUAUAAUGUGAUUUUAGUUUGGGUU